GUGUCUGCCACUAAAUACCCCUCCAUCCACGUCUGUCCCUGGUCUGGGCCUGUUACUGGACUAUGGAUCAGCUGGGAUAUGUCCGAAGUGCUUCCACCCAGGGUGCCAAAGAUGGAUUAAGCAAGCUUGCUGUCCCUCAGAAGAAUGCUUAUGCCAGGCUGGUACAGAAACACCACAGCGGGCGAUUCCGAUCCUAUUUAAACCACAUUGCCCAGAAGAUGCAGCUCGAGGAGAGUGGCCUCAAUGACUCCAGUUCCGAUGUUGAGCUGUCCCUGAAGAGAGUCCAGAUGAAAGAGGGUCUUGCAAGAAAUGGGCUGAACGUGCCUAGCUCCUCGCCAGUCAGAACAUCGCAGUUGGAACAGCUUGUGCCUGGGGGACUGAAUGAAGAUAAAACUCAAACUUUGGCUAACAGACGACCUCACAAAAAAGAUCCCAGCGUUGCCCAUGAAGGAGACCUUGAGCUGGAGGAAGCCUCUUCUCUAAAACAGCAUGGAGGAGCUAUUGACUCUUUAAAUGUGAACGAUGCCUUGGGUGGGAGAGGUAUGUCGAGCAGUCUAAGACAAGGCACUGCCCUGCAGAAGUCAUCUGGGUCUGAAGAGAAGGAAGAGGAGGAGACAUGGAAGAAAAAACAUAAGAAAAGAAACAAGUGUACUGUCAACAUGGACAGAGCAGAUGGACACUCAUCAGCUGAGCAGUUUAAUGUGGAUUUGCCUGAAGCAAAUGCUAGGAAAACCAUUCAUUUGCCUUCUGGACAAAUUCCAGGUGGGGAAAGGAGAGUCUUUAUAAGGACCAGAAACAACUCUGAAUCAGCCAGAGCUCCCCAGCACCUGGAUAGGAAGAGGCAACUCUCUGAAUCUCAGAUAGAAACAGUGAGCAAUUCAGACUGCCGAGUAAAUCCUAGACAACUGGGAACACCCAGAGGAAUGGCCCAUGCUGCUGUCUCCACCCCAGGCGACCGGAAGAAUCGGAAUAAAGCUGGCAGAGGGAGGAAGAAGAAUAUAUUUGAAGCUUACUUGUCAAAGGAAGAUGUUUCGGCAGGAUUGAAAAGAGGCGAGCUUAUUCAGGGCCCAUUGAGGAUCAAUCCAAAGAAAUACCACGAAGCCUUCAUUCCAUCUCCGGAUGGGGCACGCGAUAUCUUUAUCGAUGGAGUGGUCGCUCGCAACAGAGCCCUGAAUGGGGACAUUGUGGUGGUGAAGCUGCUUCCCAAGGAGCAAUGGAAGGUAAUAAAGCCAGAUGGCAAUGACAAGGAAACAGAAGCCACACAUGAAUCAGAGGUCCCCGAGGAGCAGUUGAGGACUUGCCUUCCUCGAGCGACAGUGAGAGGAGAUGCUGAUAGUCCGGAUGUCAUUAUAGAAGCUCAGUUUGAUGAUAAUGAGGCAGAGAAUGGACAAGAGAACUUGCCGAAUAUGCUGGCUGAGGACAUUAAGAAACUUUCUGUAGAGGCCAACGAAAAGGUGAAGGAUGCAGAGAGCGGUGGCAUGCAGGGUGCCAAACCAGAAGACCUUCCCAAAGUGAAUGAUCCAAGGCUUCUCCCAGACAGGCUUCUCCAAAGGACUGCAAAGGUGGUCUAUAUCUUGGAGAGGAAGCAUUCCAGAGCGGUGACAGGCUUCAUCAAACUGCUGGCAGACAAGAACAGCGAGCUCUUUAAGAAGUGUGCCAUGUUCUCCCCCGUGGACCACAGAGUGCCUAGAGCCUACGUGUCCUUGGCAGACUGCCCUCCCGACUUCAUGACCAGGCCUGAGGACUACUCCAAUACCCUCUUCAUCUGCCGCAUUGUGGAUUGGAAGGAAGACAGCAACUUUGCAAUAGGGCAGAUGACCAAAAGUCUGGGUCAGGCUGGCGAGAUUGAACCAGAAACAGAAGGGAUCCUCACAGAAUACGGCGUGGAUUUUUCUGACUUUCCCCAAGAAGUUCUCGCGUGCCUUCCCCAACGCCUGCCUUGGGUCAUCCCGCCAGAAGAGCUGGCCAACAGGAGGGAUCUAAGGAAAGAAUGCAUCUUCACCAUUGAUCCAUCAACUGCCAAGGACCUUGACGAUGCCUUGUCCUGCAAGCAGCUUGCGGAUGGGAACUUUGAAGUGGGCGUGCAUAUCGCAGAUGUGAGCUACUUUGUUCUGGAAGACACAGCGCUGGACAAAUUGGCCAGUGAAAGGGCAACUAGUGUCUAUCUAGUGCAGAAGGUCAUUCCCAUGCUUCCCAAGCUGCUUUGUGAGGAGCUGUGCAGCCUCAACCCCCUGAGAGACAGACUGACAUUUUCUGUUCUGUGGAAGCUGACUCCAGAAGGCAAGAUCCUCGACGAAUGGUUCGGGCGAACCAUCAUCUGCUCCUGUGUAAAGCUGAGCUACGACCACGCGCAGAGCAUGAUCGAAUGCCCUGAGAAGGUGCUUUCGCCGGAGGAGCUGCCUCCCAUCUCUCCCCAGCACACGACAGAGGAAAUUCACUGGGCAGUGCUGAACCUCCACCGCAUCGCCAAGCAGCUGCGCAAGCAACGCUUCAUCGAUGGUGCCCUUCGUUUGGAUCAGCUGAAGCUCUCGUUUACCUUGGACAAGGAGAGUGGGAUGCCUCAAGGCUGUUAUGUCUAUCAGUACCGGGACAGCAACAAGCUGGUGGAGGAGUUCAUGCUUCUGGCCAACAUGGCGGUGGCCCAUCAGAUCUACCGCUCCUUCCCUGCCCAGGCCUUGCUGCGCCGCCACCCGCCACCCCAGACCAAGAUGCUGAACGACCUCAUGGAGUUCUGUGACCAGAUGGGGCUGGGCAUCGACUUCAGCAGCGCUGGGGCUUUGCACAAAAGCUUGAAUGAAACGUUUGGUGCUGACAAAUACUCAGAAGCCCGGAAGGCGGUGCUGACCAACAUGUUCUCCAGGCCGAUGCAGAUGGCCCUCUACUUCUGCACCGGAGUCCUAAAAGAUGAGACCCUGUUCCACCACUACGCCCUCAACGUGCCCCUCUACACCCACUUCACCUCGCCCAUCCGCCGCUAUCCCGACAUCAUUGUCCACCGGCUCCUCUCCGCCUCACUGGGCUCUGGGCGCCCGGUCCGGCUGCGGAAGGAGGCCAUCCAGGAGCAGGCAGACCACUGCAACGACCGCAAGAUGGCAUCCAAGAGAGUGCAGGAGCUCAGCGCUGACCUCUUCUUCUCUGUCUUCGUCAGGGAGUGUGGCCCCCUGGAGUCGGAGGCGAUGGUGAUGGGCGUCCUCAAUGAGGCCUUCGACGUCCUGGUGCUGCGCUUCGGCGUCCAGAAACGCAUCUACUGCAACGCUCUGCCCCUGGUGGGCUUCCACUUCCAGAAGGUGGGGAAGAAGCCGGAGCUGACCCUCGUGUGGGAGGAGGAGACCCCCAAGCAGGAAGCUGCCCACCAGGUGAUCACCCUCUUCACGCUGGUCGAUGUGGUGCUCAAAGCCGACAACGCCCCCCUGAAGUACAGUGCCGUGCUCAAGAGGCCGGGCCCGGAGAGCGAAUGAGAGCAGACAGCUCCGCCACCUCCCACCUACCCCGCCAUGCCCUUCGUGCCCAGGCUGCCUUCCCAUGCAAGGGGGCCGGAGGGGCCCUUCUUUUAACCAAGGCUAUUUUAUUUCCAGUUUGGAUUUUAACCCGAGCAGCGGGGCUCAGCGGCCCUGUCCCUUCGGAGCCGAUGGGCACGGACUCUGUUUCUAUUCUUUGGGGGUUUUUUAGCUUUCUUCGUUUCUUUUAACUGCAACCGGCGGCUCCUUCCUCGUGCCCUGACACAUCAAUGGCCGUGGCUGGGGCCUCGCGCUCCCUGAGGAGCGCCAGCCAGG